UUGAAUGUAUUUAGAGUUGCUUAAAAUCAGUUCUUCCCAGCUAGUUUGAUUAAUUUUUAAGAAAUAGUUUUGUUAUUAAUGUUAACUAAACUUUUGUUGUUUUUUGUAUGUGUACCCCAAAAACCGCAUUUAAUUUAUCGAUUGUAUCUCUGCAGCUAGUGAACCUAUGGAGCUGAAAUUUGGCGUGUCCUAAUUUUAUUUGAUCUGCUUUAAAUAAAACCAGUUACUGCUAACUUAAUCUUGGAGAAAAUACCUGAUGCACCACAAAAACCACAAGAUAGUUAGAAAAAAAUUAACAUAGAAAAUGAAGCGAAAAUUUCAGCUCAGACAGGAAAAAUUACAAUCUAUUCGUGGAAAAAGUAAGCCUGAGGCAUCAAUUGGGAGGAAGUUCACAGAUGCAAAGAAUUUACAAUUAGAAAAGGCAGUACAAUUUUGUAUCGACCACAGCGUGCGAGGCUAUAAGACCUUGAAGACUGGUUUGUUUCCACUAGUAAAAGAUAGAGAAACGAUUAAUAGAAGAUUAGACCGAAUAAUAAAAAAUGGCGAGGAACGUCGCUAUUGUAGUAUUUUUACACUUGAAGAGGAGGAGGCUGUAGUGAAGUAUGUCAAGAACAGGAAUAAAAGUCUGCAAGGUAUCAACAAGACAGAGUUGACCAAACUCCUUCUUGAUAUUUUAAGGAUAAGGGACUACAUGAAUAAAAGAUGCAAAGGAGGUCGGAAGUUGAUUAAGUUGUCUCCUAAUGCAAAAUCAGCUCUGGUUAAUGGGAAGUAAGUCUAAUGAUUU